CUGUUCGGCUGUCACAUUUUCCGAGCUUUAAGUAGUUCGAAUCAGUUGUGUUCGACUUUCUGGAGGAUUGUAGGAUUGCAUGGUUAAGGAGAUGGAUACGUUUAUGCUGUUGGUGUGUACAUAUGGUUGCAGUACAACUGUAAUAAAUGUUGCCCGCGCAAUGUGUUAUUCUCGUUUGGUGGAGUGUUUGUGUGAGAAAUGGGAUGAGUUGUCUGCUGGUUCUAUUUCACUGUUCUGUAAACUACCUGGGAUUAGGAAGUGUGAUUUGGACAAUGAGGAAGAAUUUCAGAACAUGUUACUGCUUGCUAAAUCAAUGGGGGUACAACAUGUAGAAGUUGUGGUUGAGUUGAAAAGUGGUAUUGGUCGGUCAAGUAGCUCGGGAUCGCUGCGUGGUUACAAUCUCAAUGAUUGUGUGGAACAUUACUUUCAUUAUGGACAAAUGAGUGAUGGAGAAAUUAUAAGUACUGUGAACAUUGACAUUAGUAAGCACUGA